AUGAAUUCGGAAGAAGUGAAAUCCCUAAAAAUAGUAGAAGAUACUUUAGAGUAUAAUGAAGAAAAUAAGAGGUAUACAGUGUCCAUACCAUGGAAAGACAACAAAAAGGAUCUGGUCAUUAACUAUGAACAUGCCAUGAAAAGGUUUGAGCAUACAGAAAGAAAGCUAAACAAAGACAUAAACUUGAAAAAGGCAUAUGCAGAAACUAUUGAGAGUUACAAAGAGAAGGGUUACAUUUCUGAAGUCAGUAGUACAAAUGAUCAAGAGUGGUACAUGCCUCAUUUUCUGGUUAUUAAAUCUGAUCGAGAGACAACAAAAAUGCGCAUUGUAUUUGACGCUUCAGCCAAGUACAAAGACUUGUCGUUAAAUAACGUCAUCUGUCAGUGUCCAAAGCAACAGAAUGAACUGUUUGACAUUCUAUUGAGAUUUAGAAUGAAGGCUGUGGCAAUCAUGUGUGACAUUCAAGAGAUGUAUUUGCAAGUGGGUUUAGCAAAUCCAGAUAGAGCAAUGCAUAGGUUUCUGUGGCGUACAGAAUGUAGCAAACCAAUAGAGACAUAUGAGUUCAAUCGUGUCGUGUUUGGGGUCAGUGCAUCCCCAUUUUUGGCGCAGUUUGUUUCGCAAGAAAAUGCAAGAAGGUUCAUGGAGCAAUAUCCAAAUGCAGCCGAAUGCGUGUUGAGAUCAACAUAUAUGGACGAUACCAUGGACUCAGUGGAAGAUGAAAUAGCUGCAAUUGGAUUGUAUCAUGAAUUGUCAAGUCUAUGGCGAUUAGCAGGAAUGAAACCGAGAAAAUGGAUGACAAACUCCUCAGUCGUACUAGCUGAAAUACCGCAAGGAGAACGAGCUUACAAAAUGGAAGUUACAGACACAGAAAUGCCAUCUGUCAAGACAUUAGGAAUCAAUUGUGACUCACAAGAAGAUAUGUUCUUCUUUCGCAAUACAGCAGUGGAUAUAGAGAGCAUGAAAUUGACAAAAAGGAUAGUCCUGAAGAAAAUUGCAAGUUUAUUCGAUCCCCUCGGGUUUCUUACACCCUUCACAGUAAGAGCCAAGAUGAUUAUGCAGGACAUAUGGGUUGCAGGUGUAGACUGGGAUGAUGAGCUACCAGAACACCUCACAGCUGAAGUAAAGAUGUGGUUCUCAGAACUUGAACAACUGAGUGACGUCAAGAUAAAUCGUUGUAUCAACAUCACACCUGCAAGUGCAAUACACACAUUUGUUGAUGCAUCUAGUCAAACAUUUGGAGCAGUUGUAUAUGCUGUAAGUCCUGCUGAUAACAUUAAAGAUUGUGCUGAAAGCAGUGUCAGGUUGAUUGCUGCGAAAAGUAGAGUUGCACCACUUAAGACAUUGAGCAUUCCUAGAUUGGAACUUUUAGCAGCUACACUUGGUCUCAAAUUAACACAAACAGUCUGUGCAGCGGUAGGUAUAGAAUUAGAAAGUACGGUGUUCUGGUCAGACAGCAUGAAUGUAUUAUAUUGGAUACGUGGUGCAAGCAGACAAUACAAGACAUUUGUCGCUAAUCGAGUAGGCACAAUUCAGGAUGCAACCACUCCAAAACAAUGGCGACAUGUCAGUUCAGCGAACAACCCAGCAGAUAUAGCAUCUCGUGGUAGUCAAUUACAUAAUCUGUCAGAAAGUGAACUAUGGUGGCACGGACCUAACUUUCUUAAAUGUUGUGAAGAAUCGUGGCCUGAGAACAAAAUAGACAUAACAGAUGGUGUAAAGGUUGAAAUGAAAAGAAAGUCUGCUCCGGAUCGAGGCAAUACAUUCAUAGCUACGAACAAGAUAGAGGACAACAGACUCGAUCCAAAUAGAUAUUCUAACUGGAAUCGGUUAGUGAGGAUUCAUGCAUGGGUAGCUAGAUUCAUUGACAAUUGUCAAAAGAAAAAGACAGAAAGAAAGUUGUCGAAAGAACUUAGCUUGAGUGAAAUUCAAGAUGCAGAAGGAAUAAUUAUUCAACAAGCACAGAUAGAAGCAUUUGAAAAUGACUAUUCACUCCUUUCGAAGGGCAAAUCAGUAUCAACGAAUAGUAAGCUUGCUCCUUUGAAUCCAAAACUAGACAUUGAAGGCAUAAUGCGAAGUGACAGUAGGUUGAAAUAUGCUGAAUAUCUUCCAUAUAGUGUGAGAUAUCCAAUUAUCUUACCAAGAAAACAUUGUGUUACAAAGCUAAUAGUGAAACAGGGUCAUGAGCAAACUGACCAUGGUGGAACAAAUCGGACUUUAGCUUCAUUGUCAGAUAGAUAUUGGAUUUUGUCAUCACGCGAAGCAAUCCGAGAAUAUGAAUCAAGUUGCACUGAAUGCAAACCUCGAAAAGCAAAAGCGAGCACGCAGAAAAUGGCUCCUUUACCAGUAGAACGUCUGAGACAAUCUGUGAAGCCGUUUACAAAUACAGCAGUUGACUAUGCAGGGCCAUUCAUUACCAAGCAAGGUCGGGGAAAGGUUAGGUUGAAAAGAUAUUUGUGUGUUUUUACCUGCAUGGUAACAAGGGCAGUUCAUUUGGAAGUUUCAUAUAGCUUAGACACUAACUCUUUUAUCAACACCUUAUCACGGUUUGUCAGCAGAAGGGGUGUUCCAGACCGUAUACUUUCUGAUAAUGGAACAAAUUUUGUCGGUUGUGUUAAUGAACUGCGAGACCUUUACAAGCGGUUAGACAGAAAUAUGAUUAUUCGAAAUGCUUACGAGAAACGAAUAGACUGGAAGUUUCUGCCACCAAAUUCACCUCACUUCGGAGGUGUGCACGAAUCAAUGGUAAAAUGUGCAAAGAGGGCUUUGUACAAAGUUCUUAAAAACACAAACAUUUCAGAUGAAGAAUUGGUGACUGCUGUUGUUGGUGCUGAAGGCAUGAUAAAUAGCAGACCAUUGACGUAUCAGUCAGCUAACCCAGAAGAUAGUACUGUGUUAACCCCAAACCACUUCUUACAUGGACAAUGUGGCGGAACAUUUGCUCCUAAUGUAGACAAAGCAUCAGCCAACAAUUUGAAGAAACGUUGGCGAUAUAUACAAGAACUCCUCAGACACUUUUGGAAACGGUGGUUCCAAGAGUAUCUGCCCACUCUUGUUUCUCGAAACAAGUGGUACCAUGGCUCUAGAGAUUUCCAGCCAGGAGACGUGGUAAUGGUCAUCGAUCCAGAUAUCCAUAGAGGUCAAUGGCAACUCGGGCGUGUGGUUGAUGUCCAUCCAGGUCGUGAUCAACGAGUCCGUGUGGUUGAUGUUCGAGUCGGAAAGACAGUUGUUCGGCGACCAAUCACGCGAGUCAGCAUACUCGAGAAGUGCGCUUAA